CUUGAUCUGGGCAUAUAUAAAGAAAAAGAAACGCGAAUUUGACGGGAACAAAGCAUAACUAUUCCUACUACAAAUAAAAUCACAAUGACGGACUCUUGGUCAGCUUCCAAUUACGAUACUCACGCUUCGUUUGUCCCAAAGCUAGGUAAUAUCAUCCUCGACAAACUUGACGCAAAACCAUCGGAGCGUAUCCUUGAUUUUGGAUGUGGCGACGGCGUCCUGACCCAACAACUGGCGCAAAAGUGUCACACCGUAGUGGGCAUUGAUGCUAGUCCGGACAUGAUUGCCAAGGCAAAGCAAUUGAGGCAAGGCAUUGCUGAAUACCAUGUCGCCGAUGGUCAUUGUCUCGACGAUUGGUUUGACGAACAGAAACAGGAACCAUUUGACGCGGUUUUCUCCAGUGCCACCCUCCAUUGGCUCAAGGAACCUGCCAAGGCAAUCAGGGGUAUUCACCACGUUUUGAAACCAAAUGGCCGAAUGGUAGCUGAAUUUGGAGGCUUCAUGAACUGUGGCGAGGUACAUACCGCGCUCAUUACUGCAAUGAACCGCCGUGGGCACGAUGGCAAGGCGCUGUCUCCUUGGUAUUUCCCUUCAGAAGCAGAGUACAGCAAGCUGCUGGAGGCAAAUGGAUUCCGGGUUGAUUCGAUUGAACUAGUGCCACGUAUGACCCAACUCAACACGGACAUUGCUGGCUGGCUCACGACGUUUGGAUUCGCCUUCUUGGAAGUAUUGAAAACAGAGCAAGAGCGCCAAGAAGUUCUUGCAGAAAUUAUGGAGCAUCUUCGUCCUGUAUACCAGCGAGAGGAUGGCAAGUGGUUUAUCAUGUAUGUGCGUCUUCGCGUUGUGGCCUAUAAGCAGUAAUUAUUAGUGUAGAUAAAUGGACACAUAUAUAGCCUUUACGAAUGAUCGAUACAUAAACGAUGUUCCCACCAACUCUUUAUUACACCACUUUACGCACCAUUUAACAACCUGUAAAUUGUUUUCGAAUAAACUUGCACUCCUGUUGUAUCGUGGCAUCAGCGCGCAUGGUGACACACACUCUUGUUCCCUUUCCCUUGCCGUAUAGUAGAUAGAACAAGCGAGGCGUUAUUUGAUGCUGCGAAC